GCGGCCGCCGCGGGCGAAGGGUGAACGCUGCGGUAUUUUGUCCCGAGCGGUGACCCCUCCUCUCGGGCGGGCUGCGGCUGCGGCGGCCGCGUCGCGCUGAGGAGAGGUCCGGGCCGGUCGGGCGGCCUGGAGGCCCCGGGAGGCGGAGGCCGGGCCGCGGUCGCGCGCCGCAGGAGCCCGGGAGAAGAGGCGGCCGCCGGGAAGGUGGGGGAGGCUCCGCACACCUCCCGGCCUCCGGCCGCCCCGCUGGCCCUGCAGCCGCCGCCGCCGCCGCGGGUUCCCGCCCCGGGCCUGGCAGCCCCGGCCGGGGAGGGGACGCGGCGAGCGCGCCCGGAGCCUCCCGAGAUGGCGGGCGGGCACUGCGGCAGCUUCGCCACGGCGGCGGCGGCGGGCAGCGGCGAGAUCGUCCAGCUGAACGUGGGGGGGACCAGAUUUAGUACGUCAAGACAAACGCUUAUGUGGAUUCCAGAUUCUUUUUUUUCCAGUUUGCUGAGUGGAAGAAUUUCAACACUUCGAGAUGAAACUGGUGCUAUAUUCAUUGACCGAGAUCCAGCAGCAUUUGCACCCAUUUUAAAUUUCCUUCGGACAAAAGAGCUAGACCUGAGGGGCGUGAGCAUCAGUGUCCUCAGGCACGAAGCGGAGUUUUAUGGAAUCACCCCAUUAGUAAGAAGGCUUCUCUUGUGUGAAGAAUUGGAGCGCUCUUCUUGCGGCAGUGUCCUGUUUCAUGGUUACCUGCCUCCACCAGGUAUUCCUACCCGUAAAAUAAACAACGCAGGCAGAUCCUCUGCUGAUUCUAGGAAUGGACUAAACUCCACAGAUGGGGAAGCCCGGGGAAACGGCACACAGCCCGCUCUCCCUGGAACUGGGGAAGAGGCUGUGAGGCUAGGAUUUCCUGUGGAUCCUCGGAAGGUGCUAAUAGUAGCUGGCCAUCAUAACUGGAUUGUAGCCGCAUAUGCCCAUUUUGCUGUGUGUUACAGAAUCAAAGAAUCUUCAGGAUGGCAACAAGUGUUUACAAGCCCAUAUUUAGAUUGGACUAUUGAACGAGUGGCUUUGAAUGCGAAAGUGGUUGGAGGCCCACAUGGAGACAAGGACAAAAUGGUCGCUGUUGCCUCGGAGAGCAGCAUCAUCCUGUGGAGUGUCCAGGACGGCGGGAGUGGAAGUGAGAUUGGAGUGUUCAGCCUUGGUGUUCCUGUGGACGCACUCUUCUUCAUUGGGAACCAGCUGGUGGCCACAAGUCACACGGGGAAAGUGGGAGUGUGGAAUGCUGUCACUCAGCACUGGCAGGUUCAAGAUGUUGUUCCUAUAACUAGUUAUGACACUGCUGGGUCAUUCCUUCUCCUGGGAUGUAACAAUGGAUCAAUAUAUUACAUUGAUAUGCAGAAGUUCCCUUUGCGGAUGAAGGACAAUGACCUUCUUGUGACUGAAUUGUAUCACGAUCCUUCAAACGAUGCCAUUACGGCUCUCAGUGUAUACCUCACACCCAAAACAAGUGUCAGUGGGAACUGGAUUGAGAUCGCCUAUGGUACGAGCUCUGGAGCGGUGCGUGUGAUCGUCCAGCACCCGGAGACGGUCGGCUCAGGGCCUCAGCUUUUCCAGACCUUCACGGUGCACCGCAGUCCAGUUACAAAGAUCAUGCUGUCAGAGAAGCAUCUGGUGUCAGUCUGCGCAGAUAACAACCAUGUCCGGACAUGGACGGUGACGCGGUUCCGAGGGAUGAUCUCCACUCAGCCAGGCUCGACUCCCUUGGCAUCCUUCAAGAUACUGUCUCUGGAGGAGACGGAGAGCCACGGGAGCUACUCCUCCGGAAACGACAUAGGCCCCUUUGGAGAGCGAGAUGAUCAACAGGUGUUCAUCCAGAAAGUUGUUCCUAUCACCAACAAACUGUUUGUGAGACUCUCAUCGACUGGGAAAAGAAUAUGUGAAAUCCAGGCUGUUGACUGUACUACAAUAUCCGCAUUUACAGUGAGAGAAUGUGAAGGAUCCAGUAGGAUGGGCUCCAGGCCACGGCGCUACCUGUUCACAGGCCACACGAACGGUAGCAUUCAGAUGUGGGAUCUGACCACCGCUAUGGAUAUGGUUAGCAAAAGCGAAGAUAAGGAUGUAGGUGGUCCAACGGAAGAGGAGCUGCUCAGGCUGCUGGACCAGUGUGAUCUCAGCACUUCUCGCUGUGCCACCCCAAACAUCAGCCCAGCAACCUCCGUGGUCCAGCACAGCCGCCUGCGGGAAUCCAAUUCGAGCCUCCAGCUUCAACACCAUGAAACCAUCCACGAAGCAGCUACCUACGGCUCCAUCAGGCCCUAUCGGGAGAGUCCCUUGCUGGCAAGGGCGCGGAGGACUGAGAGCUUUCACAGCUACAGGGACUUCCAGACCAUCAGUCUGAACAGAAAUGUAGACAGAGCUCUUCCUGAAAAUGGCAACUUGGCUCCAGUGCAAGCUGAAGUGAAGGGGGCAGCAGGGGAAUGCAGCAUAGCCGAGAGAAAGUCUCCUGGGACAGAAGCAAAAAGCUUGAGAGAAUUGGAUAGUGGAUUGGAAACACAUAAAGUAGCUGAAGGCUGUUCAGAAUCCAAGAAAAGGGCCUCAGAAGAUGAAAAUGAAAACAAAGUGGAGUUCAGGAAGAAAGGAGGAUUUGAAGGGGGAGGGUUCCUCGGCAAGAAGAAAGUGCCCCAUCUGGCGUCCUCCCCCAGCACCUCCGACGGAGGAACGGACUCACCAGGUACGGCGUCCCCAUCCCCCACAAAGACCACGCCCUCUCCUCGGCAGAAAAAAAGCGAUUCUUCCGGUCAAGAAUACAGCUUGUAAAAACUCACCCAAGUGAGUAAAGUGUUUUUGCUAAAUGUAUGUAAAAGCUGUAACCACUCUGGAUUUCAGUACGUUAAUUUUUACACAAAAGCAUCAGACUUCAUUUAGUAUCUUUUUAACACCAUUACCUGGAAUGAUGACAUCUCUCAAAGUUUUGGAAGUGUGGUGUUUUUGGAGGGGAGGGGAAAGGGAGAUCAGUUUUCCAUUCAACAGAUCACUUGUGACACGGGAGCCCAGUGUAGGGUUGGGCGGUUUUUGUUGGUACUGGACACACAGCAUCCUGUCAGGAGACGAUGCGGGUGGCACGAGUGUCACCUUGGCACACGAGAACCAACACAUAGCAUUCCUAAUCCUGACUGUGCCUGAGAUGUGUCUUGCAAUACUGUCCUAAGUGAAUCACAUAAUUGUCUUUGGAACUUGUUCCCUUUAUCCUUACUGUAAUUGAAAAGUGUUUACCAGAUAUUUGACGAGGUGCUAUGUUUGUGAAAAGAAAUGUAAUUGAAAAACACUAUUGAUGUUGAGUAUCAGGUUGCACUGUUUAGUAUGUCCUUUGGGAUUAUUUAAUUAUGGCUUAUUUUGAUUCUUUUUGAGAGUUCUUACAUCUCAGCAAGCAUCACUAAUGUUAAAAUACUAGAACUUCAUAUAAACUGCUCUUUCAACUUGGAACAAGCUCUGUGUUUGAAAAGAUGAAACACGAUUAUCAAUGGCAAAACUUUACAUACCUGGAAGGAAAAACUGGACCAGUUACUGAUCUGUCCUGUUUUUAAAAGCUCCUAUGUUUUGUUGUUAAUCAUCAAGAUAGUUGUGACCAUUUUUGUUGCACUUAAACAGGACUUAAACUUUUGGGUUUUUGGCUUAAGGUUUUGGCUGCUGUAAAAAUAUUUUGAUUUUUAAGAAAAGAAAAUUUUUAGAACUUUUUCCCAUUUAACAAAUAACUCAAGUUUCAGCAAUUGUACAUUUAAAGCAUUAAGCAUAUAUUGAUUAUUGUAUAUAUUCUCAUUCUAAGAAAUAUGAGUUGAAAUAAAUUCUUUGAAGUUUACUGUAUUGCCAGUGGUUUCAUGACAGUUCUCUUGUAUUUAUUUACAAUUUAACCAAAUAAAAAUGAGUGGGACAACAUGCUGUCAGUUAUCCUGCUGAAGCCUCUCCUUCUGGAACAGCUGUCGGGUGCAUGGCUGAGGCCCCCUAG